AAUGGCGACGGCAUGUUUUGAUUUCGGUGUGUGAGAGGUUAGAGAGGUUAGAUCAAGUCGUUCACCAGGUUGAGCCUUGAUUUUAAAAACCGUUCGUGGAACGUCACGCCGAGGGAAAUACACGAUGGCGCAAAGCAGACUGGAGAAAAUCGGCACGAUAUACACCAGAAUUGCCUCGUUAUUAAAAGGCAAAGGUCUGACAGAGGAAGACAAGCCGUUGUGGGUGGCGGUGUACGAGGCUUUCCCACCGAAAUAUGAACCUAGAUACGACAGACGGCUGCCAAAGAAACCUGUCAGGCCAAUCUUUUAUGAGGAGGACCUUAUUCGAGCAAGGUUCCAUAGAGAUCAGAGCUUUAUACCGGCUACCAAUUUGGCGAACAAAAAUGUAAAAUCCGCCACGCAAAACUUCCUGUCCAUGUACGAAACGAUAAAAAAGGAAGGAUUGUCGGAAGACAGCGCGUAUGAGCGAGCGAUGAAACAAUACACUUCUGAGAGGCAGAUGAGAAUGGAGUCGAAAGGAAAUGAAUUAUCUAAAGACUCUUGAGAGUGACUAGAAAAAUAUAUUCUUACCGUAAGUUCUGUUGUAAAUAAAGAUCUCGUUAUUUA